ACUCAAUUUUUCAAGUUAGAAGAAAUCAGCCAAGCGCUCCUGGACGUAAAAAGGGAAAGAGGAAUAUUUAUUCGGUAAAAAAUAGUAAAAUAAGCUUGUUUUGCACGAUGAGCGGUAUUCCCGGGACUGCCGUCGUCCAGGUGACCAAUCUUUCAUCGGCUGUGAGCAGCGAGCAGUUGCGCGCACUCUUCGGCUUCCUGGGGGAUAUCGAGGAGCUGCGGCUCUACCCGCCCGACAACACAUCUCUGUCCUUCUCGUCCAAAGUGUGUUACAUAAAGUAUCGACAACCUUCCAGUGUUGGUGUGGCGCAGCAUCUGACCAACACUGUUUUUAUCGACCGAGCUCUCAUAGUGGUGCCAUGUGCAGAAGGGAAGAUUCCAGAAGAGGCCAAGGCUUUGUCACUUUUGACCCCUACCACCCCCGUGCACAGCCUCCUCUCUGGCGCGGGGCUGCUCCCCAUCCCCACUCCAUCGCCGCUUCAGAACCUGAACCUUCCCCUUGUCGGCGUCAUGACAGCCGGCCUCGAUCCCGCCGCGUCUGCGCUUUCACAGCCCCCCCUUAUAGGCAACGUGGACCCCUCCAAGGUGGACGAGAUCAGGAGGACGGUGUAUGUGGGCAACCUGAACUCACAGACCACCACAGCCGACCAGCUACUGGAGUUCUUCAAGCAGGUCGGCGAGGUGAAGUUCGUGCGGAUGGCGGGCGACGAGACGCAGCCCACGCGCUUCGCCUUCGUGGAGUUUGUCGACCAGGAGUCGGUCAACCGGGCGCUGAACUUCAACGGAGUCAUGUUCGGAGACCGCCCCCUCAAGGUCAAUCACUCCAACAACGCCAUCGUGAAGCCUCCAGAGAUGACGCCUCAGGCCGCCGCCAAGGAGCUGGAGAGCGUGAUGAAGAGGGUCCGUGAGGCGCAGUCCACCAUUGCCGCUGCCAUCGAGCCAGCCGAGAAAGAAAGGCGCUACUCGGGUCCCUCGGGUCGCUCGGGGAGGUCGCGGCGUUCGCGGUCUCAUUCGGGGUCGCGUAGGAGACGGUCGCGCUCCAAACACAGGCCGCCGCCUAAUUGGACGAGGAACGACUUGCACGCUUCCAGGGGUGGCCACAGGAGGCGCUCUCGCUCCAGAGGCCGGCGGCGCAGCAACAGCCGCACCAGGGUCCGGAGGCGGAGUGGAGGUCGCUCCAGGAGUCCUCCCAGGAAAGGACAUUCGUCCUCGCCAAAGAGGAGUAAGAAGCGACGGGAACGCAGCCGGGAAGCGAGGGAGCGCUCUUCGUCGAGGAAGAGGGGCCGCAAAGACGAGGAGCGAACGAAAAGCAAAGCCAAGCCGCACAAGGAGGGGAGGGGCUGUGACAGAGAAGACUCAUCCACGCCGACUCGAGACGUGACCUCGUCUCCCUUCGCUCAGCACAACGGCGUCCAUCGUGGCGACGACGACGACUGACUUUUGACGUCAUCGCUUACAUUUUGACUCUCCAGCCCGGAGGCCAGGUCAACAUCACGCUUGAUCGCCAUGUUGAACUUUUUCGUCCAUGAAUUGACACCAGGUCCACACGCUAAGCGGACCAGGAAAGGACAAACACGUCUAGCGCAGGUUUAGGAUCUUUGUCCUCAUCAUCAUCAUCAUCUUCGUGCAUCCGCGAACUUCUUCAUCCGUUUCUAGAAACGUACACGUGUGCGGUCACAUGUCCGCUUGUCGUUCCCGUGCUGUAAAAGUCAACAUUACUCGCGCCGUCGGACGCGCCGCGCCUCCAAUCCUCACCCGGGCGGUUUGGAAGGAAAUGUUUCCUGCUGGAGACGCCAUGUUACAAAAACACGUCAUGUUUUAUUUCAUGUUUUUAUAUUUUUGCGAGUCCAAGCGCCAUGUCACUGUGUCCUCUUCUUCUCUUUGUUUGUUGUGAAAAAAAUUGUAACUGUAUUUUCAUUUAUAAGUAAAAAAUAAUAAUAAUAAAAUAACGUAAGAGGAAGUGACAUCACAUUAGAGGUUGAAAAAGUGCCUACACAAUGAUUGUACAAUAAAAAGUUUAUUAGCGUGGUUAGCGUCUAGCGCUGUGUGACAGACAAAGAAGAAGAAGCCAGUAUUAAAUGAUGUGUCAAACUUUUAA